GAUGCAAGUUUAUUUUUCGACACUCCGCUUACCGGACUGCAGUGUGCCGGUGAUCUUGCAAGGAACAAAUAUACUUUGUUGACUUGUGAAAUGAUUGCUUUACGCGGACGAAAAGUUUGUGCCGAGGAAUAUGCACGACUUUCACCAGCUGGUGAGCUCGUUUAUGCAAAUUUUACAAAAACACUGACAGAACUUGAUCGAGUUCGACUACUGAAUAAAGUGUUAAAUGAUAUUCGAAAACGCGCUCUACUGCCGGUAACUGGUCAGUACCCGAUAGUGGAUGCUAGAUGUCCUCUUGUGCGUUUCGUUUACAAUCGGUAA